AUGUUGAGUGAUGGUGGUUUGAUUGAUGGUGUUUCGGCAGAUGGAGGAGGUGUUUUCCGUGGAGCAUCUCAAGCUGCACCCUCUAGUGAAGUUGUUAAGAAGCAGAAAUGUGCAAAGCUCAGAUUGUACACAGGUCCAUGUCCAAAUAUGCAAGUCAGGAAUGUAAAUGAUACUUUCUCAGAUCUUCAAGACAGCGAAGACGAAGAAGAUGAAGAUGAUGAACAAGAAGAUAAGGGAAAUGAAGAGGUGGAAAAUGAGAACGUGGAAAAAGAGAAUGAGGAAAAUGAGGACGAGGAAAAUGAGAACGAUGACGAGGACCAUGGCGUGGGAAAUAAAAAUGAAACAGAAGCUCAGGAAAACCCGAAAAGAAAGUACGUUCCACGUGGCCCAACAAGGAUGAGUGCACUAGGGCUAACAAAUGGUAAGAAUGGAAAGGAAGCUGUUAGCUUUAACAAUAAGGAUCGGCCCAUUGGUGAUCCUUCGGUGCAGCUUGCAAGUGUGUUGGGAGUUCUGGUUAGGAGAAACAUCGCACUAAAACAAAGGGAUUGGAGACUUGUCCCUAAAGAAUCCAAAGAUAACAUAUGGGCGGUUGUCCAGCAAAGAUGGGAUGUUAUCUUAAAGAGGCUAGGUCAAGGAAAGUCGGGAAGAUACUCGCCUUAG